AUGGCGCAACAAAGCAAAGUCGUUGACGAGCGCUGGUACGCCAUCGGCGACGGGAUCCUCAAGGUCAAGAAGUUUCCAUCUCGUGAGGCUGCUGAGGAAUGGCUGCUGAGUAUUCACGGCAUCAACAACCCGGUCGUGAUAGACCUGGCAUCGGCAAGAGCCGCAGUUGCUGUAGUCGAGGCAGCCGCUGCACCCAGAGUACUUCCAGCUGUUGCUGCAAUUCCCGCUGCAAUCCCCAGUUCAUCUGCUCCAUCAGCUACACCUCCGGUCCCUAUGGGACAGGUACUUCAACUACUCCAGCAGAGCCUCGGAGAUCCUCGAACAGCGGAGGCUCUCAGGAACCUCUUUUCCAGUCCUGCGGCAGCUUCAAGUGCGAGGUCUAAUUAUGCGCACGCUGGUAGCUCUGGGACCCUUCCGGCACCUUCUUCUAGUCCCGAUGAUCCCGUGUUCAGUCCCCGCGCCACUCAUACGGGGCGCAAGUCUCUAGUAAUCGACUGCAGUAGCGACGACGAUGCGAAACCAUCGUCUACCCUGCCCAGUCCCAUGCCCACCGCUGUUCCGCCGUCCAGCUCAGCCGCUUCUUGUUCGGCCAAUUCAACUGCUACCAAACCUCCUGUCCGAACCGCCAGACUCACCCGAUCGUCUGAUCAAGCUCGCUCAGCAAAGAGGGCUCGUCGCACGUCCGGUGACCUCACUUUCGGUUCAUCCGCUGCCGACAUCAACGACCGCUUCGUGAACAUCCAACCAGCUCUCGACCGUCUCCACGAGAUCUUCAUGAAUGGCAAUGCGGUCAUCAUUACUGAGGAUGAGAUCACCGCUCCGGGAGGCGAGGAAGGACGCUCUACUACUUCGAUGGGGCUUGACCUUUCAGGUGCAUGCACCAAAGUCACUGCCGACCAGAUAGAGCGGUGUGCGGAGAUGAACAAGUCUACCUCUAAGGGUAAACGCAAGGCGAGGGUUCAGACGGUGAAGUGCGAACGCGAUGAAACCACGCGCAGCGCCUCACGAGCGGUCCACCACCCCUUUUGGAAGGCAGCUAAAGGACGCGGUGCAGUCCUUCGUCGCAAUGAUGCUGAAGGUGUGGAUGGUGGUAACAACAGCGACAAUGGCGGCAUUGUUGAUGAAGGUGAUAACGGCGAUGGCAACGAUGCUGGCAGCAAGCCCAAGAAUGGGGACGAUGGCGAUGACAGCGACUGGGUGUCUGUCUGA